GAGGAUCGAGGUGGCAUCUUUUUGUAUAGCUCUGCACUCUCUUGGCGCGGGAAGUGAUGAACCGUUGUGAGUUGCGAGCUCUUUUGCGUGCUUCGUUCAAAAGACUUCGUGUCAUGUGCCUUCGUGUUAUACCGCAUGAAAAAAUAAGCUUGUGUAUGUAAAUGCACUAGUGGCGGCCUCAAAGUACAUACAUACAUAUUUUACAUAUAUACGUGUGCUAGCGUGAGAGACAGACUCAAGAAAUAGAGAGAAAGAGUGCGUGCGUGUGUUCGUGUGCGCGUGCUAUUCCGCGGAAGAAGGUUUUGGACUUCGGAUAGAGAGACAGAGUCCGCGGUUUCUGGUGGUGUGUCUUCGAGAUCUCAGGACGCGCGCCAGCCGCAGCAGAAAGUGCCACCAUGGAUCCACGUAAAUUGACUGAUCUGCUCAGGGCGACGAUUGACCCAAGCCAACAAAAACAGGCUGAAGAACAGCUCAACCAGAUCCACAAGAUCAUUGGCUUUGCUCCAGGCUUGCUACAAGUGAUUAUGUCCAAUGAAGUUGAGAUGCCUGUGAGACAAGCAGGUGCUAUCUACUUGAAAAAUUUUAUCAUCUCUAAUUGGGCUGAUCGAGAAGCUGAAAAUGCAGCUGUGCCGUUUAGCAUUCAUGAACAGGACAGAGCGAUGAUUCGUGAUGCCAUUGUCGAUGCAUGUGUUCACGCUCCUGAAUUAAUUCGAGUUCAGUUAGCUGUAUGUAUCAGCAAUAUUGUAAAACAUGACUUCCCUGGGAGGUGGACACAAAUUGUUGAUAAAAUCACUAUAUAUCUUCAAAAUCCUGAUGCUUCUUGUUGGCCUGGUGUUUUAUUAGCUCUAUAUCAAUUUGUAAAAAACUUUGAAUACAAAAAAGCAGAAGAAAGAGGACCACUUCAUGAGGCUAUGAAUCUUUUAUUACCCAUGAUUCACCAACUGAUAUUGAGGCUUUUACCUGAUCCAUCUGAACAAUCUGUUCUUCUACAAAAGCAAAUACUUAAAAUAUUUUUUGCUUUAACUCAGUACACUUUACCUCUUGAUCUUAUUUCUAAACCACUUUUUACUCAAUGGAUGGACGUCGUACGACAGGUAGCUGAUAGACCUGUUCCACCAGAGACUAAUGAUCCUGAUCUUGACGAUGAAGAACGAUCAGAACUACCAUGGUGGAAGUGUAAAAAAUGGGCACUUCAUAUAUUGCAAAGAAUGUUUGAAAGAUAUGGCAGUCCUGGCUCUGUAAGCAAAGAAUAUAAGGAGUUUGCAGAAUGGUAUUUGCAAACAUUUAGUGGAGGCAUACUUGAAGUUUUACUUAAAAUUUUGGACCAGUAUCGCAGAAAAUGUUACAUUUCACCACGUGUUCUACAGCAGUCUAUCAAUUAUAUCGAUCAAGGAGUUCGUCACGCAUAUUCCUGGAAAUUUUUAAAACCUCACAUGUUUGAAAUAAUUAGAGACGUUCUAUUUCCAAUUUUGUCUUAUUCAGCAGCUGAUGAAGAACUGUGGAACUCUGAUCCCUACGAAUAUAUACGAGUUAAAUUUGAUAUUUUUGAAGAUUUUGUAUCACCUGUAACUGCUGCUCAAACUUUAUUGCAUUCAGCUUGUAAAAAACGAAAAGAUAUGUUGCAGAAGACAAUGCAAUUUUGUGUUGAAGUUUUAACAAGUCAAAAUACUGAUCCAAGACAGAAAGAUGGAGCUUUACAUAUGAUUGGAACAUUGGCUGAUGUUUUGUUGAAAAAGAAUAUUUACAAAGAACAAAUGGAUAAAAUGUUGUUACAAUAUGUAUUCCCUGAAUUCAAUAGCCCUCAUGGCCACAUGAGAACUAGGGCUUGCUGGGUGUUGCACUACUUUGCUGGAAUAAAGUUCAAGCAGGACAACAUUUUAAUUGAAGCAGUCAAGCUUACCACAACCGCUCUUUUAAAUGAUGCAGAACUCCCUGUCAAAGUCGAGGCGGCAAUUGCUUUGCAAAGUUUACUCCAAAAUCAAGAGAAGGCACAAAAGAUCAUUGAGCCUUGGAUUAAGCCAAUCACAUUGGAGCUUUUGAAUAUCAUUAGACUGACUGAAAAUGAUGAUCUGACAACAGUCAUGCAAAAAAUUGUAUGCUGUUAUCCCGAACAGCUUACCCCAAUUGCUGUUGAGAUGUGUCAGCAUUUAGCUUCCACUUUCAGUCAGGUCUUAGAAACUGACGAAGGUAGCGAUGAAAAGGCUAUUACAGCAAUGGGUUUGUUGAAUACUAUCGAAACUCUACUCUCUGUAAUGGAGGAUCAGCCAGGAAUAAUGGAUCAAUUGCAACCAAUAGUUUUACAAGUUAUUGCUCACAUAUUUAAUCACAGUGUCUUGGAAUUUUAUGAAGAGGCUUUAUCGCUUGUGUAUGAUUUGACAGGCAAAAGGAUAUCACAAGACAUGUGGAAAGUUUUAGAGUUAAUGUAUGAACUUUUCCAAAAAGAUGGCUUUGAUUAUUUUACCGAUAUGAUGCCAGCUCUACAUAAUUAUAUUACUGUAGACACACCCGCGUUCUUAUCUAAUGAAAAUCACAUCUUAGCAAUGUUCAAUAUGUGUAAAGCUGUUCUCAUAGGUGACGCUGGCGAAGAUCCUGAGUGUCACGCCGCUAAACUUCUCGAAGUUAUCAUUCUUCAAUGUAAAGGACACAUUGAUAAUUGUAUACCACCUCUCAUACAGUUAGUGUUAGAACGUUUGACAAGGGAGGUAAAAACUUCCGAACUUAGGACAAUGUGUCUACAAGUAGUCAUAGCAGCUUUAUACUACAAUCCAACAUUGUGUCUCGAAACUAUGGAUAGACUCCAGGGCACUUUAGGACAGUCAACUGAUCCAAUUGCUUCGCAUUUUAUUAAGCAGUGGAUUCAUGAUACAGACUGCUUCCUUGGGCUUCAUGAUCGAAAACUUUGUGUUUUUGGUUUGUGCACGCUCAUAAGUAUGGGUCCAGCAAGACCAGCAGCAGUUAAUGAGUGUGCACAACAAAUAAUCCCAUCCUUAAUUCUUCUCUUUGAUGGUCUCAAGAGAGCAUAUGCCGCCAAAGUAGCAGUCAGUGAAGAUGAAGACAACGAUGAAGAAGAAAGUGAUCUUGAAGAAGUUCUCUCAUCGGAUGAGGAUGAGAUUGAUGACGCUAGUCAAGAUUAUUUGGAAAGACUAGAAGAAAAGGUGCUGAAAUCUCAACAAGGUCAUAUGUUUUCUGUCGUGAAUUCAGCGCAACAGCCUGGGCAAGGUGAGCAUAGAUCAGAUGAUGAUGAUGAUGAAGAUUCUGAGUAUGAAGCCAAUGAAGAAACGGCUCUGGAAAGUUACGUUACUCCUCUUGAUUCAGAAGAUACGAAUCAAGAUGAAUACAUUGUUUUCAAAGAAGUCAUGCAGAAUAUUGAGAGGACAGAAACACCGUGGUAUAAUGCACUUACGAGUCAUUUGACACAAGAACAACAAGCAUCUUUAGCAGAUAUUAUUUUGUUGGCUGAUCAACGUAAAGCAGCUUUGGAGAGCAAGCGAAUUGAGCAGAGUGGAGGUUAUGCUUUCACAUCGCAGACUGUACCUACUACCUUUAAUUUCGGUGGAAAACCUGCAUUCGGUCGGUAAAAAACUAUAAACGUUUAUAAUGUAAUGUAAUUAAAAAAAAUUGUAAGGUAUGCGAAUCGAAUGUUCGUAGCACGCGAUUGCAAAUUGACGACCUCCAAAACAGUAAUGCAUUUCCUACUUACUAUUUUUCUGUAAAUUAAAUGUACAUUAGUAAGGUGAUCGGACGAAUUUGUAUACAUACAUAGAAAAUCAUGUCGACAUUUUAAUCCAAAUACGUGGCUCUUGCACUGUCGAUUGGUCAUAUCGACCAGUACCAAAUAAACUUCCAUCGCUAGGCGAUGCUAUGUAACCAGUUACAUAAAGUUAAAUAGCAAAUAUUUGGACUCUAAAGCCAUAAUUUAUCGCGGAUAGUGAAAUAAAAAGCAAGGCGUGUGAUGAUCUUUGGCCAAGUUAAAUUUCUAAUAAACUUUGCCCCGCAUCGUUGAAUCAGACUUUAAAAAUAGACAACGAAGAUCAUCUUUGAAUUAAUUGGGGCUUUUACUAUGCAAUGUUCUAGUGAUGUUUUUACUGCAACUCUUAAGGAGAAAAUGAAUAAACACUGAACUUUCUCUAUAUUUGUUAAAAAAAUGGUAAAUAAGGAAUAUGUUAAAUUGUUGAUGUAAAAUAUAUUCAAACUUAAUUUUUUAAAAGCAACUAACAAUAUUUUUUUUUAUAUAUAUAAAGCCUCCUCCAUAAACAGGUGUAAUUUGUGCAAGAAAUUUUCUCAAUCUGCGAUAAUUAUAAUCAGUAGGUAGGAUCAGAAUGCUCGAUAUAGUUACUGUCUAGUUGAUACUUUAAUAAUCAAUAUCGCUAUUGCUGAAAACCUGCACAAUACUUAGUCCUUCCAUAAUCAAUAAUGAAUUUUAUAUUAUAACAAAGAUUGCUUUUGACUGGUUCUCUUAUUUUUUCUAUUGGGAAAAGGAUGCAGUGCAGUUUCAAUAAAUUUAUUUUUCUGAAAAAUGUUUUACAGUAGUAUAAAUUUCGCACUGCUCCUUCUUCCAAAGGUGCAUAAAAAGAUGUGUUAAAUACAUAAAUUAAUAAAGAUAAUAAGUGUGUAUAUGUUUGAAAAAAAUGAAUCAGUGGCAGUAUAUGUACAAGUGAGUAUUCUAUGCUGUGAUUGUAAAAUAGAAAUCUCUUUGUACUAAUAAUUUCUUACACAAAUGUUGAUAGCUGAGAAUCUGAACUCGUUUUUUAUUAGCGUGAUCGCUGUGAGUGUAAAAUUACCUAUACGUGCUCUUUUUGCUUUUCGCAAAAAAUUAAAUACAAAAUCAAACACUGGUUGAAAAGGUUGAGUCAAUAAAAUUUUUUUUACACUGUAGAAAAACUUAUUAGUGAACUUUAAAAGUGCCUUGAAAGGAAUUUGAAGCUGGAACUUUAUUAAAAGAUUAGUGUUUCCUACUGUACAUUGGACCGAGGUUGGGACACUUCUCUAGUUUGUAAGUCCCAAAAAAUAAGUAAUAAAAUAACAACAUAACAUUUUUGAAUACUGAGAAAUAGUUAGAACAAAAUGAUGUUUUCUUAAUUUUUUCACAAGCAAAAAUCGGAAUCGGGAAGAAGUUCUUGUUUACACGCGCCAUUUUUGUAAUAAUUAUGAAUAAUAUCAAGAUUUGUUUGAGUUUAUCAAAUGUUGAUCUGGAGAUGCAAACUGGAGGUAAGAUAAAAUAUGGCCAUAGUGAUGC